AUGAUACAUUCUAAUCUUAUCUCUCGUACUGAAUUAUUGCAUAGUACAUGUAGUGCCGGGUACUGGAUGUACUUGGCCCAUGGCUUAGGGAUACGUAAUCGGUGGAUUUUACUAAUAGGAUGGGUUUUAGUGCAUUAUUUGGUUACAAUUAGUCGGGAUAAUAGUUUAUUAUGGGGGUUAUUUGGACUGGCUGUAGGAACAUGUGGGUUGGGGAUAGUACGGCAGGGAAUAAGGCCGGGGAAGAAACGGAAGGUAGUGGAAGUAGAUGCACGUGAGUUAGUUAAUUCUUUGCGGUUUACUAUUUGUUCUUUGGUGUGUAUCUCGAUCUUUACUUGUGAUUUUGCGAUCUAUCCUGAAUGGAAGAAGAAGUCGUUGGAAUUUGGUAUAUCUUUGAUGGACUUUGGAGUGGCGGCAUUUAUGGUGAAUGCUGGGGUUCUGGCUGCUAUUCGGCAUCGGUUUAGGCCGUUGAAAGGAGUAUACCUGCUGGUUAUGGGCUUGAUGCGUUUGGGAGUGUUGAAGAGUGGGUACCAUGCUGAGCCGACGGAAUAUGGGACUGAGCUGAACUUCUAUUUUAUCUACUUGGCCUGUGAGGUACUUGGUAUGUGCUUGCGCUGGAUUAAUUCAUGGGUGGUUGCCGGGGUAUUACUAUUGGGACAUGAGUGGCUGGUUUGGCGGCCGGGAGUUGUUCAGUUUGUCUUUUAUGGUGCGCGGGAUGGAUGGUGGCAGUCUAAUCGCGAAGGCUUACUUUCAAUUGUACCGUACACGGGUAUGUUGUUCCUGGGGAAAGGUGUAGGUGAAGUGAUCUUUGAUAAGAGAUUGAGUGGUAGUCGGAAGAGUUUGGUUUUAGGUACACUUGCUUUUGGUCUGCUGGGUGUGCACUGGGUAAGUGGCAUGUACUUGGGACCUUCUAGAAGGUUGUGUUCACUGGCCUUUUCAUCUUUUGUCUGUGCGGCAAUGGUACUGCCGAUGUCUGCUCAUUACUUAGCUGGUUCUAUUUGGGACGUGCCUAUGGUCUGUCCUUUCCCACGGCUGAGCCAGUUAUUUGGUCCUUUGUUCUUACUAAGUAAUGCUUAUGUUCUGAUUGGGAAUCUAUGUUUCAACUGGUUGAGACUUUCUGUUUGGGAGGCUCAUGCGGCAAACUUGGUUUACUUGGUGGCGUUGUUUUUGGUGCCGCUUUGGCUACUUGCGGGGCCGAAGACUUCUUAA